ACAAUUUUAAGACUCUUUUUCCCUUUCACAUCCUCGUCCAAACUUUGUCUCAUCCGAAUUCCAAUACCCAAAAUUGGAAUUCAACACCAACACCAAUUGUAAAAUGUUUCUGAACGUUUCUAACCUUUUUUUUGUUGUCAAAGUUCAGCCCAAAAGAUCCCAAACCUGACAGCCAACCUUAAACUAUCAGUCCCAUGAAAAUUCAGAACACAUACCCCAAAGAGGUAUGUAACUAACUGCAACAACAGUCAUGAUGGCAUUGGAGACAGCAUGGUACGAUUGGUGUGUUAUGGCAUAGUUGGCAUUGCCUCUUUAGGUGCCUUGUGGGCAGUGGAAAUAAAUGAAAGAGCUUCCCGAAGAGAUUUUGAGACCACCUUUGCGAGCCUUUUGAUGAAGUGGUCGUGAGUGUGUUGCACAGAGGUCACAUCAGCACCCCACAGCUAUGGACAAGUUGUUGGCGAGGACUUCACCCCUUUUGCCUCCUUUGUAUCCGUUUCCUUUCCUUUGUGAUCAUGCUCCUCUUCUUACUCUGGGAUGUUCUCAAAUAUGAUUCAAGCAUCUUUUUUUACUAUACUGAGUGGACUUUCAUAUUGGUUACCAUAUAUUUUGCGUUGGGGACCAUUGUAUCUGCAUAUGGAUGUUGGCGGUUCUUUAAUAAACCUGUCAUUCACAAUGGAGCAAAGGCUGAGUUUCUGAGAAGGGAUGUAGAAGAGACAAUCUCUACAAACUUAAUCACUUCCAACAAGUUGGAAAGCCGUUAUGUUGAAGAGGACUUUCAACAAAGAGCAGGGUUUUGGGGUUUCGUCAUGCAAACUAUAUAUCAGUUGAUGAGUUGCAUGCACGCAUUGAAUGCAUUUUUCCUCCUUUUGGAUACAGCUCUUAAUAAUUUACCAUUUCCUUGGUUUAGAGUCUCCUAUUUUGUUCUCUGGAGUUGUGGUUAUGUCAUUUUUCAAUGGGUCAUCCACGCCUUUGGUUUUAAAUGGUGGCCAUAUCCCUUUCUGGAGCUUAAUAACAAGUGGGCUCCUAUAUGGUAUUUGUGCCUGGCAGUAAUCCAUGCCCCUUGCCAUAUGGCGUGUAUCAUCUGGAUAGUCCGAGCCAAAAAUACGAUUCUCCCCAGAUUGUUCCCUCGAGCAUUUUUGUCAUAGGAAGGACAUGCUUGUUUGUUGCGGAUACAUGGUCUCACACAUCAAGAACAAUACUCAAUUUCACAUUUCAAGAACGAUGCUUAAUUGUACGUGAAAAUUUUGCUGGUUCCUAUCGUAGGAAAUUUCUUUCGGUUUGCACAAAUUUAACAGUAAAAUUACGAUGUUUAGUAUGUUUAACAAAAUUACUUUGAGAGACCUACUCAACUAGAUAUAUGUUUGUUUCUUUUUUUGUAACAUCUAGAUAUAUGUUUAAUAACACGUUGAAUCACUCGUUAGCAAAGCCA